AUGAGUGUUGAGCCCAUCGGUGAUGGAAAGAUAAAUUCCGAGGUCCUUUUAUUGGCUGCGAUUCAGGUGCGUACAGUUAAGCCAUGCCAGCAAUCCAAAACAAGCGAGCUGAUAGCGUUAGUGAUUGCUGAUGGCCGUGGAUCACCCAUGAAUGGUGGUUACGAUACUAGUGAAGAGAGUCUAGAGGGACUGCCUUGUGGAACAAUCGCACUGGGAAGGGAUCUCCCCGUUGUACCCACUAUGGCGGUUCUAUGCGUGCUG